AGUUAUUGUUAUAUAAAAAUGUAAUAGACAGAAGUAAAUCUACAUUUUAUAGUGCUUUUCGAUAUGUGAACUCUAAUGAUGUUGUGUAUAUAGUACCUAUGUAUGUAUGAAAAAUUAAAUAUCUUAAGUGUUAUAAUUUAACUUUUUAGACUAUGGCUAUUAGUUUAGAUAUUGUUUAAAAAGUACGUUUAACGUCAGUCUGCAGUGUUUGUAAUUGCUGGAAAAAAGUCUGAUGCUUAUAAUAAUUACGGGUGAUAACUUAGAAAAAUAAAAAUCUGACAUACUACAUUAUGUCAUCUACAAUUAUUUGAACAGAGAGUUAAACAUUCCUAUUUCUGUUGUUUUCUGCAUUUUACCCGACUGAGCUAUACACCGUAUACGGUAUUGGACAGUUAAAAUAAAUAAUACUGUUAUUUACUUGUCAUGUAUAGAUUACUAUUUCAUAAAUUAUCAUGAGAUGGACUCGUCUUCGAGUUUGCGCGGGAAUCACGUUAUCAUUGUGGAUUAGUAUCUUAUGUCUUUGUUACAAUGUGAUUUCAUCCAAAGAUGCGAAGUAUCUACGAUUACACAGAGAAGACAGCAUUUUGGUACUGGGAGCCGGCAUGUCAGGAGUCAGUACAGCAAAGGCGCUACAUGAUGCCGGGUACAAGAAUAUCCUGAUGCUUGAAGCGACGUCUAGAAUUGGCGGACGGAUUAAACAUGAACGACUUGGCAACUACACGGUUGAGUUGGGUGCCAUGUGGAUCUACGGCAAAGGUUCAAACCCCGUAUACAAUAUGGCUAAGAGGCAUAACAUAUCUUACACAGACAAUUCCCUAAAUGACUGGACAGUGCGAGAUGAAAACGGAAAUGACGUCACCGGAGCAGCGGGUUUUGCUUACUCUAAGUUGCAAGACGCUCUCACAAAUUCUAGGCAGCUGAUACAGAAGGCUGAAGACGACUUUUCAGUUUUAGCGGGACUGCGGAAUUCAGAUUGGAGACCAACGAAUGCAGUUGACGACGUCAUAGAAACUUACCUACUGGAUUUUGAAACCGGUAUGCCUCCAUCAACAUUGUCCGGUAAGAAACUGCACUUAGAUGAUACUUUUGAGGAUUUUGGAAAUUAUGAUAUGAUGGCAGUCAAACAUGAGACUGGUUUUACGGAUAUAGUGAAAGGUUUACUUGAAGGUUUCAUGCCUGAAACAGAUCCUCGUCUUAUGUUUAAUAACACGGUAGUAUUGAUUGAACAUGGAAAUGAUUCGGUUAGAGUAUUUACUGAUGACGGAAGAAUGUUUGAAGCUGAUUUUGUUGUCGCUACAUUCAGUUUUACAACAACGAGAAGUAAAAUUCUCUCCGCCUUUGCCACCGAAAAAACAAUUAGCAAUAGAUAUGUUUGGUUUCUGCCGAUUCACUCAUAUAUACGUCCAAUUUCCACGUUCUUUCUGGGACGAAACAAUGUACAUUCUUCGCGCAUCUAAAAUUCGGGGACAUUUCAGCUGCUGGCAAAACCUGAACACGCUUUACUCGGGAUCGAACAUUCUACAUCUUUCUCUGUUUGGAGACGACGUAACAUGGGUUGAUAGGUCAACCGAUGACAUGGUCAUACAAGAAGUUCUGAACAUCUUGCAAUCACUAUACCCGAACGUUACCAUUCCAAAACUGUCCGGGUUCAAAGUUUCCCGGUGGAACACGGAUCGACUGACACGAGGAGCGUUUAGCUACUGGCCUACCGGAUUCACUGUUGAAAACAUGAAGAACCUCCAGGCGCCGAAUGGGCGGUUAUUCUUUGCCGGGGAGCAUCUAGAUCCUCUUCAUUAUGGGUUCGUCCACGGUGCGUAUAGAUCUGGCCAACGUACCGCGGAUGAGCUUGUACAGUGUAUAGAAAACCCGACAAAGUGUGCAUGGUCAUCCAUGACGUCAGAUGAAUAAAAAGGGGUCAAUGUUUAGGUGAAGCAGGGGAAUAUAGGACAAGUGUCUUGACAUCUCAUUUUGAAAUUGUUUCAUCUUUGUUGGUAACAGUUAUCCAGCAAACAGAAGACGUCUUGAAGACGUCUUCAUUUGAUUGUAUUAUGGUCACGACGUCUGUGACCAGAAAAGACGUCUUCUUAUGUAGUUUUUACCUACAAAAUAAAGACGUCUUUAAAUUAAUAGACGUUUUAAAGCAAAAUUGAAUCAAAGCAUAGUAACGGGGCACUUGCGUCUUCUUCCGGCGAUUUUCAUAUGUAUAGUUCUUUUUCUUAUCUCAAAACUGCAUGGAAGUCGAAACAGCAGGAUCUUGGGGUAGAUACAGGUCUAGUUUCUAGCUUGGUGGACCCUACUGACUUCUGCUGUUGUUUUAGCAGGGUCGGUCGUUUGUACAAACAUUUUUAACAAGGUAGCGGAGUUUAAAGACAACAACCCAUGAAUUAAAGAAGUAGGGUUGCAAAAAGUUUUAAUGUUUUGGUGUCACGAUUACGUGAGCCGUGACGUCAAUACAUUUUAUUUCUAGGGUCGGCUAAACAAGAAGUUGAUUUCGCAGAAAUGUGUAGAAUUAUACAACCCUUGCUCCAAGAAUUGUGAAAGUUGGUGUAUUAUGUGAUAUCUUGUUAAAUUUUGAAAAAUAAUUAGAUUUUUCUAUUCUACUCGAUACUUUAAACCUAGCUACAUAGAAAUAGUUUUUAAAGUUUGUCUUCUUGCUUAUAGACUAAGUUAGGAAUAAGAUUCUUAUUUGUCAAAACAUUAUUCUAUAUAUCUGAAAAUUGUGUUUUUGAUAUGUGGAAGUCGACAAAAUGGCUCUUCUUAAUAAGUAGCCUUAUUUUUUAAUACAUAACGAAUUGUCAAGAAAACAUUCACUCAAACAUUAUAUGUACAAUAGACUGGUGAACAUAGAAAGUAGUAUUGAUUAGGUCAAGAAUGUGUAUUAUUUGUUGUUGCCUGCUGUCAACUGUAGAUUUGUUCUUUAGUUUUCGAAACGCUAUAACAUACUGUAAUCCAAAGACCGUCACGCAGAGGUACAUCCAAAAUGGUAUACAUGUGUAGCUUUUGAAUUCUGAACCUUUCUAGAACAGUUCUCACUUAUAUGCCAAUCCUGCUAGAACAAAUCAUAAUUCUCGUUUAAUUUAUCUAUCAAAAUAGAGAAAAGUGGAAACUUCACAGGUCGCUAUUUAGCAACUGUACAAAAAAAACUUGAAACCUAGCAAAAAGUCAUGGGAGGUGAGAAAAUUUAAAAUCUUGGCGAUCUGAUUACUAGGAGAAUGAUCUUGGAAUUUAAAUUUUGAGGUGUUGAAUGUUUGGAGUUGAACUUUUCUGUGUGUUGUGCCUGCAGUAAGUGUAUUCUAAUACUGUACGAUGUGCAUUGCCUGUAGUCGUCUGAUUUUACAAUAUUAUUUUCAUAUCCUUCUAAUUUACGCUUGAUAAUUCUUUUGAUUUACUAAUUUAUCAUCACAAUUUAGCAAUUGUUGGAAAUAUGCUUCCACUUACAAUUAUAGAAAAAAAAACUUGACACAUAGCAAACAUAAAUAAUAUUAGAGUUGACCUAUUGGAGAUCUGAUUACUUAGAGAAUAGCAUUUGAUACCCUGGCGAGCAGUAGGCCCACAAUGACACUUUUGUUUGUUUUAUCUUUCUUGAAUGAUAAGCGCAGUUUGGAAACAAAGGAAGCGCAAUUAUGUACACAAUGAGUUUGUAGUUUCUGUUGAAUAAACAUUGUUUGGAAACACAAAUAUGGUAUAGGUAGACAGCAGGAAAUACAAACUUUACUUUAACUUUAUCAAACAGCUUCGACUAACAUUUUGAAGCAUAUAACGUAGCUUAAAACAUCAGCAGACAUUCUUCUUACAAACAAGCACAAAUAAGGCUGAUAUUUGACAUGAAAAUAUGUUUUACUAGUCGGGAAAAAUCUAUUUAUAUGGACUAAAUUCGAGUAGACCAUGGUGGCAUAUCCGGCGGAUAACUACCUUCGAAUUCGUGCCUUAAAUACCAGCUCCUGUGAAAGUGAAGGUUACACACUUAUUACUAGUUCGAUAAGUAAACGUCGGACUUCAAUAUUUUACGAUUUUGACAUUUCAUAUAGUCCGAUGUUUUAUCGAAGUUUUUAUAAAUUUCCCGGUAGACCUUUCCGCAAAAUAUCUUGCGGAAGGUUUUACAAGUUCACGGUGGAAGUGACUAAAAUGUGAUAGGUAAAUACCAACAACGGACAAAGAAAACCUAUUUUACAUAUCCAUUGAACAUACUGUCUUACUGAAAUUAGCGAACUGUCCUCAAGUGUGAAAUUUACAUCCAUUUGCUUUUGCAUCACAACACGAAACUGUCCAAUUUUCUUUAUUAUAAAAAUUAUUUUAGACGCAAAGUAUUCUCAUGGUAGGAUUUUAUAAAAAAAAAUGCGGCCCGUUACUAAGGUAUUGUCUGUGUAGUGUGCAUAUGAUUAUAGUUGAUGGGUGUAACCAGCAUUUAUUGGUUGUGUUAAAUUAAAAUUUUUUUCAUUAAGUUAUGAGUUCAUAUAAAAGCAGUUUAAAAAUCUAGUCUACAUGCAUUCGACGGUACAAGUGCGUUAAAUAAUGGCCGUAGAUUUUUUUUACUAGUGCGUUGUAUUGUUCAUGAUAUUUAAUUAAAUUACGCUAGAAUAUUCUGUGCUAUGUGUCGGGGAAGUAAUUCCUGGCGCAGUUUAAAUUAUGGUAAACCAAUGUAUCACGUGUUUGAGUGUUUUCCUACGUUACACUUCAAUAAAAUAAGGUUGGAAUUUUUGCUAUGUAAAUGGCUGUCAUUCAAUUAAACUUGACACAGGGACAUGUUGAACGUCCAAAUAUUAUAAGGCGCCCUGUGCAAAUUUAAUGUUAUUGAACUAACUUCUUACCAGAACCACAUGUUUUUCGAAAGGUUUCAACCUUUCUGUGCUUUCAGCGCUUUGAUUUAUGUUGUGAUAUGCGUUAUGACGCCUAUAAAAUAUUUUUAUAUAGUGAAGAUUCAUAUCUCUAUGCACUUUUUUGUUUUUCUAAAAAACAAAUUUUUUCAAAUUGAUAAUAUUGUUUACUUCCUGUAAAUAUAGAUCGGCCACGUUUAUUGAGCCGUGACUAAUUUAUGCAAAACAGUUGAUUCGCCAAAAAAGGGUACGAACAUAUAUGUAAUACAUGUACAUAGUUAAGUGGUAUAAGUUAUCGAGAUGAAUGUAAACGAAUGCAUGACACAAAGGAUAUGGCGUCGGCUUUCAAGACUUGCUUUUCGAGGUUUGAGCCUUGGUAAGUUUACUUUUUUUCAAUCGUUAGUUUUAAUAAAGACCUUAUUACGGAGGGUUUGCAAACAGUUUCAUCUUCAGAUCGGUCUAGGUGUAUUGCCUAUGUACAGCCAGUUGAAUAGAAAUACUGGGAGUUAGAUAUUGCUACAGACAAUCUCCCAGCACCGGUGAUCAUACCAGAUUCUGAUACAUCAUCUCACCCAGAGACUGACACAGCUGAAGGGUCGUCAACAGACACAGCAAGUGAAGUUGAAAUUAUAUGACAUGAAUUAAAUUGCAAUAAAAGUUGCAAAAUAUAUAAAAAUAUAUAGAAACAAUGAAAAACAAAUAUUAUCAUUAAAUUAUAUAAAAUGGUUUCUAAAAAGCGUCUUCAAAGAUUCUUUACUAAAAUAAAAUAAAAAUAAUUUAUA